AUGCAGGCUAAUGAAAAAAAGUUAUUGAAUUCUACAGCGGAAGAAUAUCAUAAACUGACGGGAAUUCAUAUUCUCAUGGGUAUAUUUGGACUGCCAAGACUAAGGCUGUAUUUCAUAAAAGGAAUCGACAUCCCCAUAAUAACCCAACUACCUAGAGAUCGAAUUUUCAAAUUACGAAACUACCUACAUGUUGUUGAUAACCUCAGCAUUUCAGAUCAAGAAAACCAAUCAAAUACGUUUUGGAAAGUGCAACCGAUUCGUGAUUCAGUUCGAGCCAAGUGUAUCACCUUGCCAAGGACAAAAGACUUAUCUAUUGAUGAACAAAUGAUACCAUUUACAGGCACUUCAAGCUUAGUCCAAUACGUUAAAAAUAAACCAAAUCCCGUUGGGUUGAAAAAUUUUGUUCUGGCGAUACCCUCAGGGUUGGUAUUAAAUUUCUUCAUUUACCAGGGAGCUAAAACCUGGCCAGAUGGUUCACCAGAGAAGGAUUUGGGCAUAGGAGGGAGUGUGAUGAAAAAGGUUUCUGAUAAUUUGUCACCUGGACACGUCCUUUAUUUUGAUCGUUAUUUCACUUCCCUCAACCUACUCGACUAUUUAUUAACUAAAGGGAUCUUAGGAGUAGGAACUAUUAUGAAUAAUAGGGUGCCUCGAGUUGUAAGAGAUAAAAUUAAAAAAGAUAAAGAUCUGCUAUCAAAUGGUCGGGGUUCGUAUGAUGAAUGGGAGAGAACUGAUAAAAAAAUGUCAUUACUGAAGUGGAUGGACAGCAGAGCCGUCACAAUGGCAUCUACAUCGUCAGGUUCUGCGCCGAUAUGCGAUCUUCACAGUUACAACCGCUCGAUGGGCGGUAUAGAUCUUUGCGAUCGAUUCAUUUCAUAUUAUCGCAUUUGCAUGCGAACAAAGAAAUCGCCAGUGCGGGUAUUUUGGCACUUCAUUGACUUGGCCAUCACUAAUGCGUGGAUAGAGUACAAGCAGGAUUGCUUAGCGCGUGGAGAUCGGAAGAAUACCGUCAUGGAUUUGCUAGAGUUCAAACUCUAUAUUGGUAGAUCUUUAGCUCUCGGAGGCCAAAGACAGAAGACUUUACACGAUCGGGGGAACAAUGAUAGUGCCGAAGAGAAUAUACCGGCAAAACGCAAGAAGUCAACAUCAUUGCCACCCAAGGACGUCAGAAAAACCGGCAACGAUAAUUUGCCGAUAUGUAGUGUAAAUGACAAAAACUCCUCCUACAUGCGGUGCAGGAAUGAAGGUUGCACAAAGAAAACUCGGUUCAACUGUCUCAAGUGCCAGGUAGACUCGAACGAGUAUGAAAAUAAUGAGAUUAAAGAAGCAGCUUGGAGAAGUAUCAUCGCUGAUUACAACAUAUCCGACGGUAUGAACUUGUAA